AUGGCGCCAGGUGCUAGUCUUAUAACAAAGCUCAAGGUUCAGCUCAAGCUUACCAUCGCGCGGUUGCGCAUGGUUCAGCAGCGCGAUGAACAGCUUGGAAAGACCGCGCGACGAGCCAUGGCUCAGCUCCUCGAGGCCGGAAAGGAAGACUCAGCCCGCAUUCGCGUUGAGAACAUCAUUCGAUCCGACAUCACCUCCGAGCUUCACGAGAUGCUCGAACUUUACUGCGAACUGCUACUUGCUCGUGCUGGGUUGAUGGAGGGCCAUACUGUUGACCCGGGCUUGGAGGAGGCUAUUCAGAGUCUGAUAUAUGCGGCGCCCAAGACGGAGAUCAAAGAGCUGGCUACGGUGAGGACGCUAUUUGCGGAGAAGUAUGGAAAGGACUAUGUCCUUGCCGCGACGGAGAAUACAGAUGGAAAGGUCAACGAGAAGGUCGUCAAGAAACUCAGCGUCACGCCCCCGCGCGAAGAGCUUGUGGUGGGAUACCUGGAAGAAAUUGCCAGAGCAUACGGAGUAGACUGGCCCAAGCGGGAGACAGUCUCACCACCACCAGAACUCCUCGACGACGACGAUGAUGACGACGACCAAGGCGGCCAGAAGCAAAAGGUUCUCGAAACGCCUCUCGCAGCAGAUUCCAAAGAUCCAGUGUUAAACACACCAGUUAAAAAGCUAGCUGGUGGCGGCCCAACGAGUCCUUUAACAGUGACACCGCCGCGAAUGACCACCGACAACAUACAUCCCAAGGUGACGCUUGGUUCAGUAGAGCUGAAGCCGAGUAAGAAGGCGGAACCAGCGGCGAGGAAGGGCGAGCCCGAUGGAUCGAUUCCGGAUCUUGGGGACUUGGAGAGAAGGUUUGCGGCGCUGAAGAAGCGAUGA